ACAAUUAUUUAGUGCAGUGUUGAGUCUUGAAAGACGUUGACACCGGUUAGGCCUAAUGGCAGAGGCACGUUCGCCUCAGGACUGCACAAAUGCACGUGAUAGACAUUCGUAGGACAGCUCGGACACUGCAGACAUGUCUACAGCCUUCAAGAAACAUCAAUAAUAUUUUCAGUGAAAAUAACCCACCUCGGUCUAAUUCAUCAUAAAACCUAAUACUUGAACAUAACCAGUUAACGUAACCAGAACCCCUUUUAUUACUAAAGUGUGAUGCUGUCGUGGUGGCAGUAUUGGCAUAUGUUGCUGCACGAGAGAAGUGACUCGGACUCCAACUCUUAUGCAGAUUCCAUGGACUCUCUCAAUAGUUUGUUUGAUGACCACCAAUAUUUGUACUCAUCUCGAACAGAGGUGCGGCGCCCAAAGACGCCGGAGAUUGUGAAAGAAAAACCCAAAACAGUCCUCAGAUUGAUGGAUUUGGCUGCCAAAGUGACAGCUCAACACUAUUCCUGUGAAAGUAUUGAGACACAUAAUCCUCCCCUUGAUGAAGCAUUGUUGAAAAAGGUUUCAUUCUGGGCUUUUCCUCAAGAUGAGAAAAAGGUAAAAAUUUAUGCCAGAAUCAGUCUGAAGUCAGAAGAUGAAUGGAGGAGAGGAGAGAUUUUUUAUGGUGAAAAACGGAUUCAAGACAUUAGACAAGUUGGAUUUAUGGUUUCGGCCAUCAUCAACAAGCAGAUUUCCAAGGUGUCGGUGACAUUUGAAAAGCAACAGAUAACCUCAUCCACAUGUGCCAUGUGUCCACAAGCAAUAUGGUGUCCACACAUCAUUGCUGUCAUUCUCCACAGAAUUCGACAUACAGAUACGAUUUCGGUUCAUGCUCCUGUGACAGAAACUCUAUCUACACUUACCCGAGACCAGCUACAGAAGCUACUACAGUAUGCUAUAAAUGAGGACCCGGCAGGAAUCCUCGGAAGGGUGUUUCAGCAUAUCGAUGCCCUGAGAGAUGCUACGUCAGAUAUGAACAGUCUACAAGGGGCCCCAGAUCCAACGUUUGGGGUCAGUAUAGAUGACAAGUUAACGUGGAGCCUUUCCUUAGAUUUGUUGAAGAAAAACCUGAUGGAAGACCUACGACUUGGAUACAAGAGCUAUCCUGACUCCUGUAACAUUGUAGAAAAGAUGAAAUCCAUAUUCUUUGAUCAGUACUUUCAACGGGUGAUGGAACUGAUGGAGAAGGAAGAGCCUGCUGCUGCAAGGGAAGUCCUUGUCACCAUUGCUGAAAGUGUUCUGGAUGUCAUCAAUAACCAGCGAUCACCAAGUAACAUGCUGAAGAGGAUAUUAUGUGACUGUGAACGACUGUUCAGUUGCUUCAUCGUGGCUUGUCCUGAUGACAUGAAGCAUGAGAUUGUUGCUAAAGCCAGCAUACUGAAUGCGAGAGCUAGGCGAUUAACAUCACAAAUAGAGUUUACCAAGCCUAGUUUGUGGGCAGACAUGAGUUCUAUCAAACUGCCAUCGGAGAAACAGGAUGGUGUGAUAGGAUUAGCUUUUGAAGGUUACCCAUUCUAUCAGGCAGUCUGUGCUAGUCUGAUUCCCAGUCCAUCACAAUCCCUACAGGAACUGCUCUGCUGCAGAUAUUCCACCACCACCAGUAGUUAUGAGGAGCCCCUGCCUGUGAUGCUGAUCAGGUUGGACUGUUUUAUGAGUCUGGAACCCACAGUAUCUGGGGAUAAAGUGCAGAAAUUGGGGAUCAUGAUCCUGAAAAAACUUCUUGUACUGUCUCUAAAACUUUCAAUUCUGGGGUCAAAAGAGUCUACAGUAGAUCUAGAAGCUGUGGUGAAAGAUGAUGGGCCAAGUGAAGACGGACCUACCAGAGCAAAGCGAAGGAAACCAUCGGCUAGAAGGGGGAAAGCCAAGAAGAAGACUACUGCUGUACCACAUAAAGCUGCUGGGACUAGUGCUACUACACGGGAGUGCUGUGAUCAGAUAGAGGGACUCACAAAGGGACAGAUUUCCUACUGCCUGUUGUAUGUGAGCUACACUGUGAGCAGGACACUAGAUGAGCAUCCUCUAGAUAGUGACGAAGUCUUAACACUACUGGAUGCAAUCCUACGCGCUGUUGAACUGGGUAGAUUCCGAAGUGUAGCUCCAAAAUUUGAGAUAACAUCAAAAGACUACAGCUGGCUAGUGUUUUUGGAGAACAGGAUUGAAGAAACUUACACGAAAGUUGCGCCAAUAUGGCUGGAGAGUGAAGGAAAUGUUACAGACAUGUACAAGUCGGCUCUGUAUGAGAAGGGGCUACAGUUCUAUGGAGACAAUUUACCUGUUUCACUUAUCAGUUUGUUGCUUGCUGUUGGAAAGAAGACAAAACUGAUGAUUAAAUUGUGUACAGAUACAAUCUGUCACUCUUUACACCCUCUCAAGCUUCUGACCAUUCCAGACAACAGCUAUGGAUACAGAUCUGAGAAUAACAAGGACAGCCUAGUGAAGAAGUGGACAAACCUGAUCACUUUUGUGCUUAACUUCUGUACAACUAACGCCUCAGUAAAGCACAACAUGAUACUCACACGGAUUCUAAAACACCUUGUACAGGUUGAUGACUGUGACUACAUGAUGGCUGCCUACAGUGUCCUACGGGGCUUCCAGUCCUCUCUAGUGGAAAAGGAACACAUGGUCCUACUGGUGAAGGUCGUUCUCCAAGGUGUUGAGCACAGCGUGGGCGGGACCUGGACCAACUUCUACACAACCUCGCCAGGUACCUGGGACACCCUUACCAAGCUUGGCAAACAACUGGACAUGGAGUUCCCCAGACUCAUCCUACCUGUGUGGCUGGAGCUGUGUAAGUUUUACAACUCCUCUCAGCUUAAGGGCAUCAUUGAGGUGAUGAAGGACUCCAUCAAGAAGGAGGCAAUGCUACCUGCUGAGAUGACCAACAUGCUUCUCAAGUACUUUGAAUCAAAGUUUCGACAUGAUGAAGAAUGCUGUGAUUUGAUGCACUUCUUCAAAAUUACGGAUAAAGGCUACCAACAGGCACUAAAAAAGAUUGCUGCAAACUUUGAAAACUACACACCCAAGGCACUCCUCCUCAUUGCAAAGAGACAACAUGAGGAAACGCCUACCUCAAAAGUAACUGCUGACAAUGUCUUGCAAAAAGAUGUGUUCAAUUUGAUCAGGCUUGCACUCAGUCGUCUUCAGGUACUCAACAAAGACUAUCCAACUCGGUACUCUUACCUUGAUACGGGAACACUCAACUACCUCAAGUACUUCUUCGAGAAACUCUCGGAGAAAGACAGAGAAGAGGUAGCAUCUGGUAAACAGUUUCAGAAUUUCAUGACACACUUGUCAGACAGCAUGAAAGGAGAUGCAGAAGUUCUCGUCACAUUCCUUAGAUCUCUUGAAAAAACUGAACACAUGCUACCAAAAGCUAAGGAGAAGCUUGGCAUCAAGCUUAUCGAGAGCUUCCAGAGGCAAUUUGACUACGAACUGAGGCACUGCAAUCACACUUCCUACCACCGCGUUCUUGGAGAAAUGACAAAGGCAAGACAAACAUGUAUUCAAUUUGUAGGCAAUGGUGCUAUGCUAUUUCGCACAGCUGUCACAAACUAUGUCUCGCUAAAACACAAAGGCAAGAAGAAAUUCAUUAAGCUGAUGGAUGAAUAUUUCAAGGAGUUGAAUGUGGAUUGAAUACUGUGCGAGUGUGUGUGUUGGAGGAUAAGUGUUAGUAUACCAUCAGGAGAAUGGACAAUGAUUGUUAAAUUACUCAAGUGCCAAAAGUUGACAAGACAUUUAACUUUCAUGGUGUGUACAUGCGCUACAAAUUUAACUGAAAACUGGGAUAAAUGUUGAGCGGUGUUUUGUUACAAAAAUUGAUCAUUUGAAAAAAUCCAGGUUGUGAACUUUGGACCUUAUUGUGUGAUAUCCAGAGUCACUUCACACAAAAUUGAUGUCUGUAUUAUAUAUGUGUGUAUUAUUGAUGGAUCUGCAGAUGGGUAAAGUAAGACUGGAUGUUUUAUACCUUUUAUUGUGAGAGGGACAGUCAACUAAAUGCUGGGUAGAAAAUGUUUAAAAUGAUAAUAGAGGAACUACAAACAGCUUAGUUUUUGCCUGUAUAUGUAGGGGGUGAACUCAUUUUACUGUCAAAGAAUUGUGUAGACAAAACUCUGAUAUGCAUUUUCGUAUCAAACCAUAUUAACCCAGUAUGCAAGAUAGAAAAAUCUGUUUAGUGGUAUAUCAAAGCAGGUACAAGAAAAAGCAAUUGCCGGAGUAGUGAGUAUGUACAAGAAAUGUAUCUUGGAUGCACAUGCAUGGCUUUAAAUAUAAUUAAAAGGAACAACACAUCACAUGAACAAUGAAAUAUUCCCAGUCCCUAUCACAUUUCAGAAUAGCAGCUUUCAUAGAAUUGAGUAGUUUUCUCUCCAUGUUAAUUAGAGACCUGUGUAUUUUGUGGAUGAGAAUAUCAAUUAUCAAAUCUAAUCAUUGAUUUUGUUAACACAUUAUUAAGUACUGUGCCACACAGAUAAAAAUUCACCCUUGCUUCUAUUUUUUUCUUAGGUUCAUUUCAUUCUACUGACAAUCUGUAAUAUAGGGCUUCUCUGGUAAGUGGUGGUUGGUCAUUAUGUUGUGUUAAUUAGUUCAAAGGUACUACCAGAUCUAGAGGGGCUAUAUGUUUGUACUCUCACCACCAGUCAGUCAAUCUGUCUUGCCCAACAGCCUAAUAGAAUCUUGCAUGGGUCAACUCCGUGGACAGGGAUGUCUCAACCCGAGUGCAGGAGUUUGGCUGGCCAGCCAAACUCUUACACGAGGAUUGAGAUAUCCCUGUCUAUGGAACAGACCCAUGUUUGAUUAUUUUUCUCAUAUACGUACAAAUAAACAAAUUCCAGCCGAAAUAAACAUCGAUCUUGUUCUUCAAGCAAACCCCAAAGCCCUAGGGUGUAACCCUGUAAAGUAUGUGAGAAAUGCAUAUCUCAUAUACCAACACAAUUACCAGAUUUUGUUGCAAGUACCUCUUGUUGGUAUGGCAGGUCAAGUGUCCAAGUACAUGCAGAGUUAUGGCCCUUUGUGAUAUGAGGUUGGUCCAGUGGUGAGAGACUGGAUUGCUAGCAAUACUUUUCCUUGUUUAUCUGAAGCUAUGUAAAAUAGAGGGACCCACCACUUUUUAUGUUCUUGUACCACCAAGAUGAGGGAGACCUUAAGUGUUACGUUUGGGACACAAAAGAUACAUGGGAAGCACAAUUUGGUACAUUGUGGGAAAUCGGUGCUUUAAUUUCGGUAAGCGAUAUGUGGCGCAGUGGUAAAGCAUUGAGGACUAGGAUCAACCGACGGCAAUGCUGUUUCCUUUAAGCAGGGCAGACUAAUAUGUUAGCGAAGAAUCAUUCGUAUCAUUCAUUGUUGUAGUGUUACCCAUGUCCGUCCCAUCCUUUCCCGUCCAGAAUCAUUGUCAACUCUCUAGAAACUUCAUUCCUUACAGAUACUGAUCAAACUUUAUACAAAGUUAAAAUAUGAGAAGAACUGAAGGUCAAGGUCACCAUUGUAGUAAAUUUGUCAACAAAUUACACUAAUUCGUAUAGAAACUGCAUCAUUCAUGUUUUGUAGACAUUUUUUAGUCAAAGGAAGUAGAUCUAGAGGCCAGAUGAGCUUAAAUAGUCUCCAUUGGUGUGUUCUGUGAAACUUUCUUGAAAACACUACUCCAGUGAUUGAUUAUGGCUAUUGAGCGUAUUUAAUUUUACAGUAGUUAUUUCCACGUGAUCUGUAUCCUCUAAGUUGCUACCAAAUCAAAUUAAUUAUGAUCUAUUGGCUCACGUUAUGGUAUACAAAUGUACCUACCAUACUCAAAAAUUAUUUUCAUUAUCAUUCAUAGUUGGUCCAUUGAUUUAUCUGAUUUGUUACAUGCAAGUCCAUAUCUGCCCUACUUAAGAAAACCUGCCUUGGGUAGGGGAAACUAGCUUCAUGAUAAAAGUUGGUGGUUAAAAAUAAUUAUUUUUAUUUUUUUGGUGAAUCUCACAUUUGGCACACAUUGUAUGUGGUAUCCUGCUAGUGCCAGCACCUGUUUAUGUGGAACAACCGGUUUCUCGGUUUUUAAAAUUCAACAAUUUUCUGGUAUGUUUAUGCAGGCCUUGCAAGACUCUACUGAAAGCAGCAUCAUGUUACUGCUGUAGGUCUGACCUUAUUUCAUAAACAAACAACUCGGGUUCAACUGGUUGGACCGUUUGGAUCGGUAUAAACGAAAUCUAGUCUCUGUAUGUGAUACCCUCCUAGUGCUGCUAACUAGUGCUGGUCUCCAGGUUAUAUUAUUGUUACAUUUUAUAGGAUCCUCUCUUCAUCAGCCAUUAUAUGUUGUUAACAUCUAUUUUACUGAACUGCCCUAUCAAAGGAAGUACUAUUUUAGGAAAAAUGCUUUAAUACUAUACUGUAUUCAUUUUGUUUGACAUUUCAAAUACUUUUCUUUCCACCCCAGUUUUUUGCAAUACUUCAUUUUAAUAAAAACAUUUUACUGCUGGUGAAGAUUUCGAAUUCCAAUAAUACAUGGACUUGCAUUAUUUGAUAUAAAAGAAGUAAAAAGACUAGUUGUAGGAUAAGGAACUGUUAUCUAGUCUGAAUUGUGAUGUAGAAUUAUACUUGAGAAUACACUUGGCUGGUAACAUGAUUCUUAUGGUUACCAUGCUGAUGCCAACAUUUUUUCAAUAAAAGUUAAUUGUUAA